CUGAGAGCUCGGUGAGUGGGGGAGCGGGCUAGUGGUCCAGGACUUGUAGCUGCCGUGACGUCAUUAGUGUGUCUGUGAUGUCCUCCUCCCAUCAGAUCUGUGUGUUCUCCUCACCUGCAGAGCUUGCGCUCUCCCUUACUCAGCUCCUGGUUCAUGAGUCCCAGGGCACCUGUAGCUUCCGGCUGGCUUUAUCUGGUGGGAGCCUGGUGCAGCUGCUAAGCCGGGAGCUACCGAAGACCGCAGGGCUCAAUACAGCCGGGUGGAAAGUUGCCUUCUGCGAUGAAAGGCUUGUACCAUUCUCAGAUCCCGAGAGUACAUAUGGCGAGUAUAAACGCCAGCUGGUUCCCCUUGGGCUUCUUUCCGAGUCGCAGUUUGUGACUAUUGACCCAGCGCUGCCUGUAGAAGAAGCCGCAGUGGAUUAUACCAAGAAAGUGCGGGAGCUGUUCCCUGGGGAUGACCAUCCAGUGUUUGACCUUGUGAUUUUAGGAAUCGGACCUGAUGGACAUACUGCCUCUCUGUUCCCAGGACACCCUCUCUUACAGGUGACUGAUAAGGUUGUGGCCCCGAUCAGUGACUCUCCAAAGCCCCCGCCUCAGCGGGUUACUCUUACUCUUCCGGUCAUUAAUGCAGCAAAAACGGUGGUAUUUGUGGCCACUGGAGAGGGCAAAGCAGCUGUGCUUAAGCGUAUACUCCAGGAAGAGGAAUCUGACCCUUUGCCAGCGGCCCGGGUUUCUCCUGUGCAUGGGAAGCUGCUCUGGUUCCUGGAUGAGCCGGCUGCUCGUGAGUUAACGUGCCCAGUGGAGAAGCACUCGGUUUUGUAAAGUCUCUCCAGACACAGGGGCUCCCAGAAUGGUAUCAUUACCAGGGUCUGGGGCCACACAACCAGUACUCUGUGGUACCCGGUGUGGGCAGAACCAGAGAGUAGAACAGAACAAAGAGCCAAAGGCAGAAUCCAGGCCACGUGCAGCGUUUAGGCCAGGAACAGGCACCCAAAAAGCAGAACCAGACUUAAUUCAGAAAACCGAGUGAGGUAUGGAGGGAGUGAUGGAGAUAACCGAAACCUCAAGAACAGAAACUUCUAGGUCAAGAGCAAGAGCCAAAGAGAACAAUAACCAGAGAGUUUAGCCACGGAAAUAAAUCGCUGACCUCUGUGACCACAUACAGAGCCAUUAAAGCCACGAAAACUCCUAAUCACUGAAGGAAAACCAAGCAUACAGAACCACUGAUGGAACCACAGCAUUCCGGAUCAUUAACUGCAUGACAUCUGUGACUUGAAAUAAACUACAGGCCCAAACAAGGGCCUCAAUGAGUGCCACUGACUAUCCAUAGACUAGAUCACCACGACGAAAUGCUCUCUGAACCUCUCUUUUCCAUUUGUUGGAUCUGCCUGAUUGUGUCCCUAAAAAUCUGCUCCCCUCUAGGAUCUGCCCCUUGGUGGAGGCACCACUGAAACCAUUUGCUUCCAACUGAUUUGCACAUUCCAACUGUAUCAUGUGACUGCACAUACAAUAAAGAACCAACCUGUUAACACAAAA